UAUACGACUCCACCGUCCAAGAAUCUUCCUCCACUUUUGUCCACCGCGUACUUCUUCUCCUCUUCUAUACGUGUAUUACUUCAUCCGUACUCUUCCCCCCUCUCUGUAUAUAUUCAAAAAUCAAACACUCUCCAUUCCCAAUUUCCAAAUUCGGAUUCAUUCUCUGUUCACACGCGCUUCAAUUGGAUUAUUCUUUCAUUCCCAAUUUCGAAUUUUCGAUGGAGAUUUCUUCCUUUCCAUUCCCCUGUUCUGAUGAUCCCUCCUUGAAUCUCUGGACUUUGUUCCAAGAUUCCGACUUUGCCGCACCACCCACUGCCAAGAAACAGAAAACCCAUGAUUCUUACAGCUCCGGCGAUUCCGUCGGGGAGAUUCUGAGCAUGCUUCUUCCCGCCGAGGAAAACCCGGCAACGGAGAGUAGUCUGAAUACAGAGUGCAGCCGUGGGGUUGCUGUGAAGCGUGGCCGUGUGGAAUCUUUUGACUCCGUCAGAACUUCCGGCGGUGGAGGGCAGCGGAGGUUGUGGGUGAAGAGCCGGUCGAAUGCGUGGUGGGAGCAGUGCAGCCGCCGGGAUUUUCCCGACGGGGAGUUUAAGAAGGCGUUUCGGAUGAGCAGGGCGACGUUUGAUAUGAUCUGCGAGGAGCUGGAGCCGGUGGUGACGAAGAAAGAUACUAUGCUCCGUUUGGCGAUUCCGGUGAGGCAGAGAGUCGCCGUCUGCAUUUGGCGGCUCGCCACCGGCGAGCCGCUCCGGGAAGUCUCGAAGCGGUUCGGGUUGGGGAUCUCCACCUGCCACAAGCUCGUCCUCGAGGUUUCCGCCGCCAUUAAUGGCGUCCUCAUGCCCAAAUUCAUCCAGUGGCCGGACGAGUUCAAUACGACCAGAAUCAAACGCGAAUUCCACACAGUCGCCGGGAUCCCAAACGUCGUCGGGGCAAUGUACACCACCCACAUCCCGAUCAUCGCGCCCAAAGCCUCCGUCUCAUCGUAUUUCAACAAGCGCCGCACGGCGAGGAUCCAGAAGACGUCGUACUCCGUCACUGUUCAGGGAGUGGUGGGCCCCACCGGCGUUUUCAACGACGUCUGCAUCGGAUGGCCGGGUUCGAUGUCCGACGGCGAGAUUCUUGAAAAAUCGGCCAUCCACCACCGUGCGAGCCAGGGGCUACUCAAGGACCUCUGGGUGGUCGGGAAUUCAGGGUACGCAUUGAGGGAUUGGAUGCUGGUUCCGUACAGCCACAAGAAUCUGACGUGGACACAACACACCUUCAACGAGAAAGUCGGGGAGGUGGAGAAGGUGGCGAAGGCGGCGUUCAUGCGGCUGAAGGCGCGGUGGAGCUGCCUGCAGAGAAGGACGGAGGUGAAACUCCAGGAGUUGCCGGUGGUGCUGGGAGCUUGCUGCGUUUUGCACAACAUUUGCGAGAUGCGCGGGGAAGGUUUGGAGCCGGAGUUGAGGUUUGAUCUCUACGACGACGAGUUUCCGCCGGAGAAUGGUGGCCGGUCGGAGAACGCCGUUCGCGCCAGGGAUCAGAUUGCUCACGAACUCCUGCACCAUCGCCAAGCCGGCACUAAUAACCCUCUUCCUCUUCCCACUCUGAAUCUUCUUCUCCCCCCUGUCACUCCUUUGAUUCGCCGCCCCUCUCACCAGUCUAGCUCCCAGGCCCGGGAAAUUAUUGCCCAAGAGCCUGUUCCUUUGAACCAACUGCCCGGUCGGUUCAAUCCCAAGAUCCUCAGCUGGGACCAGUGGGAAGAACGAUUGGGAUCAAUGGGCUACCUAGCCCUUGACUCAGGACCGGUCUUCAAAGAGUCCUCUAGGGUUACAAAAAAGGUCCUGGCCGUGUGGGCUGACCGGGUUAUAAAACCUGAAAGGGUUCAUCCGGAGCCCACCAAAGAUCUUGAGGACGCCUGCGAGAAACUUCUCAAGGGUGAUCCUGUGACCGGGAAACCUUAUGCCUAUGGAGGCUGGGUAUUCCGGCUAUCUAACCCGGAUGGGGGUGCGUCUGCGACCCAUGACGCUGAGGAUAACCGGGCUGAUUCCCCGGAUGGUCACGCUGAGGCCGGCUCUCCUCAUCCAGACAUGAACUUCAACAGGAUGACCACCAUCAUUGAGGAUGAUGACGAUGAUGUCCAAGUCCUCCACUCCAACCGGUCUCCUCUCUCUAACUCUCCUGGAAUGGAUGGGGCCACAAGUGCCCGGUGUAGCCCUAUCCAUGAGCAGAGCCAGAAGCUGAAAUCUCCUUCAGCUAGGCAUCACUCUAAGGUUGACCGGGCUAACCCCCCAAAGUCCCGGUCCAAUCAGGUGCUAAAGAGGUCGGUGCAUCUUCCUCUUCAAAAGCCAAGGACCAAAAAAGGAAGAGCUCUCAUAAGAGUUCCAGGGGAGGCAAGAAGAGGAAGAUUAGCUUAUCAGACAGGGAGGAGGAAACCAUCGAAGAAGCCUUCCUAUCCCUGUCCAAAAAACUCAGCAAGGCCGGGGUCAUUUCAGAGGAGAUUGGCCAAACAUUAAAGGAGAAAGACCAG